AUGGCGGCGAGGCCAGAGGACGCCAGACCCUUCACCGGCAUGGACGCGUUUUCCUCAAAGAGAAAAAAACAGCUAUCGAAUUGGUGCGCGUCGCUCCUCUCCCCUGUCCCUUCCAGAGACGCGCCGCGGCAGCCCUCACCGGCGUCACCGCGAAGCUCCAGCUCGCACUACCCGCUCGCCUUCUACUACCUCUCCGGCCUCCUCGACUCGCUCCUCCCCUUCCCCCCUCCUCGCCGUCGCUCGCCUUCCUCUCCGAGACUCCGACCCCAACAGCACCUCCUCCUCCUUCCCGCCCCCCUCCUGCGGCGGCGCGCUUCGACGGCCCGGGAGGGAACCUCGUGGCCGGCGCCUCCUCCCGCAUCCCCUGCCUCCCCGCCGGCUUCCGCGUCGACCGAGCCGACCUCGAGGUGCUCAGGUUGUAAGCGGAUGCAGACGAGUAGCACACGGCAACCACACCCACCAAAAAUUUGCUUGGAUCAACCACCUCAAUCUACGUCGAGGGGGAUAGGAAAGGGACUGGACGGCAAGUCAUUUAAGAUUUAUAACCCGUCAAGCACGUGCACGUCGACCCCGAAUGUUACCGUAUGAAGACGCACACGCCCAG